GCGGCACAACGCCACGACCCGACUGCGUGCCGUGCGCUCCACACACUCCUCAACUCGUCAGUUCGUACGGAGCGCUCGGUCCGAGCGCGAGCAGUGCCGUUCAGACCCAUCCGCCGCUCUGCACGUAUACGUAAGACCCGACACGAUCCGAGUGUGUACGUACGUACGUUUGAAUUCAGUGACAAGUUUCGAAAGUGACUUAAGUCGAAAGAGCGCAACUAGCUGUGCGCUGACCACAUUGUGCGCGCGCGCGUGUGUGUUAAGUGUGAGUUUCGAAAAGUUCUUGAACCACAUGCUCCUAUGAUAUCAGUAGUGUCCAGUAUGAUGGAAGAUCCGACGCAAGUGCUCUUCACAGAGCUACCAGUGCCGCUGCUAUCCACGGCGGCGUUACUCAGACACCAUCAUCAUGGUACGACUCGCUUCCAGCCCUACCACCAUCGGCUGCACCAGCCCCAGCAUUUUCACACCCCCGUACAGGAGCUGCACUAUCUGCAACGUGAGUGCAUCGAAGAAGAGACCGUCGAGAUUGAUCCGGGACAGACACACAUCUCAUCGCUGUAUCCAGAGAUCCUUGCCAUCAUCUUCGGAAAUCUAGAGGUUCGUGACAAGGGCCGGGCGGCGCAGGUGUGCACGACGUGGCGCGACGCCGCGUACCGCAAGUCCGUGUGGCGCGGUGUCGAAGCCAAGCUGCACCUGCGGCGCGCCAACCCAUCGCUCUUCGCCUCGCUCGUCAAGCGUGGCAUCAAGCGCGUGCAGGUGCUCUCCCUUCGGCGCUCUUUGCGCGACGUCAUGCAGGGUAUCCCCAAUCUGGAGUCGCUCAACCUCAGCGGCUGCUACAACGUGACAGACAUCGGCAUCGUCAACGCGUUCUACACCGAGAGCACCUCGCUCACCCAACUCAACCUCUCCCUUUGUAAACAAGUCACAGAUCACUCUCUAGGUCGGAUAGCGCAGUACCUCAAGAAUCUCGAGGUGCUCGAAUUGGGCGGCUGUUGUAACGUGACCAACACCGGGCUGGUGCUAAUCGCGUGGGGUUUGAAGCAUCUGAAAAGACUGAACCUGCGCUCCUGCUGGCAUGUGAGCGACCAAGGCAUUGGACAUCUCGCAGGUCUCAAUAGCGAUUCCGCCUCCGGUAAUCAGUCCCUCGAAUACCUUGGUCUGCAAGAUUGCCAGCGGCUGUCAGACGAAGCGCUGAAGCAUGUCUCCACCGGUCUCACAUCGCUCAAGUCCAUCAAUCUCAGCUUCUGCGUGAGCAUCACCGACAGCGGGCUGAAACACUUGGCCAAGAUGGUUUCCCUGCGCGAACUGAAUCUACGCGCGUGCGACAACAUCUCCGACAUCGGCAUGGCGUACCUCGCCGAGGGCGGGUCACGCAUCUCCUCGUUGGACGUCUCGUUCUGUGAUAAGAUCGGCGAUCAGGCACUCGUGCACAUAUCGCAGGGGUUGUUUAAUCUGAAAAGUCUCUCGCUCAGCGCAUGCCAGAUCACCGACGAUGGGCUCGCACGCAUCGCCAAGACGCUCCACGACCUGGAGACCCUCAACAUCGGCCAGUGCAGUCUGGUCACCGAUCGCGGACUCAACAUCAUCGCCGAAAGCCUCACGCGGCUCAAGUGCAUAGACUUGUACGGAUGCACACGCAUCACCACCGUGGGCCUGGAGCGGAUCAUGAAGCUACCGCAGCUGAGUAUACUCAAUCUGGGCUUGUGGCACGUUAGGUGAAACAUCAUUUCGUGUUAGUUUUUUGCAACAAAUUAGUGAACGAACAAAGGUGAUCUCCAAUGUACAGUACUCUACCGAGAUGGCGGGAGCAAGUGAUAAGUUUGCAGAGAGAAGGACGUUUACAGACAAUUUCAAUGAAAUUUAAAUAAUUGUAGGAAUAUUAAAUUUAGUUAAUUGAAGAGAAAAAAAUUUAAACCACGUACCGAGAUGUGUGCGCAAUGAGCUGUGAUAGUUAUAAACGAAUGAUGUAACCGUUCGACUAAAUUGGUAACUUAACUAAAUGAUCUUUAUUAUUACACUUAUACUACCUAUGUACGCAAAACACGAGUAUACAACUAAACGGCAACGCCAACCACCUUCAAUCGCCCACACAGAGAUAGAUUUCAUCAUCAAACAAACUAAGAUCAUCUCUGUUAUCAUUGUUUUUUUUAUAUUUUCCACAUUUCUGUGUGGUGGAAAAUUUGAAAGUGGUUGGCGCUGCUCACCUAUGGCAACAAUUUGCAAUCGAUUGAAAACAAGCGAAAUUUCGUGCGUCAAACCAAGCCUUGGAACAACCUAUGUGUAUAAUUUUGCAACCACCACCAAAAACCUCGCUUGUGAACAAUAAACAAAUUCGUUUUUCAAGACAUACAACACGAUUUUGAAUGAACAAUGCCCAAAUUUGCGAGGUGCGAAACAAUUGCGUCUAGCGAAUCGCCUAGAUACUACUGAAUGAACAGCAGGAAAAAAACAAGACAACAAAAGAAAAAUAUUAAAAUGGAAAACGCCGAGUGCGAGGUGCGCGGUUGUUGGUUGCUAGAGCAACUCCGCAACUUCGCCUUGCGACACAUUUUUGCUUUUUGCGUUAGAGGCGUUGUUGGUUACGCGGGCGCCGUUGCUGCGCGCUGUUUUCGAAAUCCAAGUAAUUUUGCAACGACAUUACACACCUCGCAUCGCAACGUGCGAGCAAUAGUAUAAAAUAUGCCAUGUUGUAUGCACCUCAACAUUGUUUUUCCAAGCCGAAUCGAAAUUUAACACACAUUUUUUCCCCUUGAACAUUUAUCGUACGGUUUCUUUUUUAUAUAUGAUAUUUUUAGGCUCUUGGUUUUAGAGUAGACUUUUUAAUGUCCCUCGCAGCAAAAAGACUACGCGCCAGUUGUGUGCUUUUACAUUUUUUAUUUUUUUGAUAAGAAAUAAUGCGAGAUUCUGAUAAGCCGAGAAGCCGUAUAACAGCAUAACGAACGAAGCGGCGCUGACGCAAGCGGCAUAAACGUAAAAUAAAAACGACGAUAUAAAAAUGGAUCUUGCGCCGCUCAGCCGAGCGCUGAAAGCAUCGAAACGCGGAAUUACACCUUGAUAAAGAUGCAAGAAGCGUGUUUUGCUUUACGCUUAAUAUCUUUCUACGAUAGUCAAAGCAAUUAAAAAUUCUAAAUUUCGAUCAAACUGCGAACAACGUGUAUAUGUGCAUGCUUGCAAAGCGCAGAGGCCACACGAAUGCCUAAACAGGUCGAAUCCAGUUUUUGCAAACGCGACAACUAACCACGACCGACAACAUUUCAAAGAGUUCAGAAUGUGUCAGCCAUGUCAAAAAUCAAAAUUUAUUUUCAAAAGAAGCGAAAAAACCCGCGCUGUAGAUAUGGAUGUGUAACAUUGGAUGCGUGUCGAGUGUAUAAUGUGGAGACGUGGACUGUAUUCAACUUUUUGGUUUUGGCAUGAGAAUAAGAGCUGCCUGUUGCUCUUUCAGGCCCCCGAAUCAAACGAGAAGAGAAGAAGCAGCACACACAGAGCGCACAUACACACAUGACGCUGGCUGGCAGCACAGGCUGUCCGCCUUUUUCGUCCGUUUUCUUCUUCGCUCGGCGCGUCGCGGUCUCGGCAUUCAUUAUUCUUUCCAGACAUUUUCGUCUGGCAAGAGCCGCGCAUCAUCUCCGAAGGUGCACCCAACCUGCAUCCGUUCUUUUCGGGCCGCAGCACAUACGCCGACGCUUGUUAAAUAUAAAUUCUUCGCGUCUCGCUCGCGCAGCACAUCCAUUCGUUUCUCGCACGCAGCAUAUUUUCAAAAGUGCUCGGCUCAAAGCAAACCCAGCAAAAACCAAACCAGCCGGGCGCGCAUACCUGUUCGAAAACCGAGGGACCCUUCUUCUCGCAUCCAAUCCGAAAGGAAGCGAAGAUGUGCGCUGCACGUGUGCUUUUGUCCGAGGAGAAGAAGAAACGGGCCGGUACACCCUCUCUUAAUACGUGUGUGUGUGUGUGUAUGAGCGAGGGUUUUUUUCGGACGUAAUGCGCCCUUCGACAGACCGCCGCCGCUUGCUUCUCGGAAGCCUCGACCCAACGAGACCUUUUCUCUUUUGAUGCUGGCGAGCGUGGAAAUCUCUCAGAUUCGUGGAACAAAACCACCCCGAAGUGUGUGUGUGUGGCGCGGCGGGUUCUACCUGCUGCUGUCACUCAAAACUAGUGAAUACCACGGGUCGGGGUCUUUAUUCUUCAAAAUCUAAACUAAAACCCAAGGCCUGAGAAUUUUUUGCGCCCAAAUUCUAAAUCUAAACCCACGAAAUAUAAUGAUUAUUUCGAGAUAUCGCUUUGAAAGUGACAACAAAGUGCAUACAACAUUGGUAAAAUUUUGAUGCAUUGUUAACGAGCAUUGUUUAUUGUUUACAGCGCAUGCGAGAGUACUCUGUUAAAAGCUCCCCUGAUAAUUAAUGCAACAAUUUAAAAAUUUCCCAAUUUUUCCAAUCAAUUUCGUGAUGAUCAAUUUGUUUGUUUGUAGUUUAUCUCAAAUUACAACCAGCACUCUAGGGAAGUGAGGAGAAAAUGUGUUCAAAAUUAAUUUUACCAUUAAUUGUACAGUAGUUUUUUUUGUGUAUAGAAAAUUAUGUUUACGUAACCGAAAAAAAACGAAAUUGUUGUUUGUUUUCGUUUGAUCAUUAAAUAAUUUAAAUUUUAACAUUGAAACACAAAAAUAAAACACGCACGUACGCAAAAUAAAUAAAAAUGGCGACGCGCAAUUGGCUUGUUGUAAAUAAUUCGUUUCCUACCAAAACGACAAAUUGUUUUCCUGUACAUAUGUAACUAAAACUAAAUCUAAACAACUCUAAAUAAUAGAGCAAACGAAAAAAAAUACCGACCCGGAUGAAGAAAAUGCAUGUACGGACUCACAUCAUACACAAUUUUAAUAAAGUCUUGUGAACCGUAAAAGAUAAUUCAAAAACACACAAACGAAAAACCAAAUAUAUUGUAAUUUGUUUCAAGAAUGUUUUCCUCCCAAAAACAGCAUAUUAAGAAGACAACCGAGCAAGAAAUAAUUGAAGAACGAAGAACCAAACAAGUUGGAUGCGUAUUUGUUGAGAAAUUAUGUUAUGUUUUGUAUAAAGAAAUGAGAAUUGGAAGAGAUGCAAAUUAAUUAAUUACAAACUAAAAAUUGCGAAAAUGAAAACUACAGAAAACGAAAUCUAAGACUUAAUAAAUACAUUUUUAUUGAGAAAUCAAA